GCGCGGAGGCUGUCGGGAAGUAGGCGGGGUGACGUGGGUCUGAGCGGCGCGGCGGCGGGCUGGCGAGGCGUCGGGCUGGUGGCGGCUGGACUUGAGGGGAUCCGGGCGGCUGUGUGCGGCUGCGGCCAUGACGGGCAACGCCGGGGAGUGGUGCCUCAUGGAGAGCGACCCCGGGGUCUUCACGGAGCUCAUCAAAGGGUUCGGUUGCCGAGGAGCCCAAGUAGAAGAAAUAUGGAGUUUAGAGCCUGAGAGUUUUGAGAAAUUAAAGCCAGUUCAUGGGUUAAUUUUUCUGUUCAAGUGGCAGCCGGGAGAGGAACCAGCAGGCUCUGUGGUUCAGGACUCCAGACUGGACACAAUAUUUUUUGCCAAGCAGGUGAUCAAUAAUGCCUGUGCUACACAAGCCAUAGUGAGUGUGUUGCUCAACUGCUCCCAUCAGGAUGUCCACUUAGGAGAGACGCUGUCCGAGUUCAAAGAAUUUUCACAGAGUUUUGAUGCUGCUAUGAAAGGCUUGGCCCUGAGUAAUUCGGACGUGAUCCGGCAAGUCCACAACAGCUUUGCCAGACAGCAGAUGUUUGAAUUUGAUGCAAAGACGUCAGCCAAAGAAGAAGAUGCAUUUCACUUUGUCAGCUACGUUCCCGUCAAUGGACGGCUGUAUGAGUUGGAUGGGUUAAGAGAAGGACCGAUUGAUUUAGGUGCAUGCAAUCAAGAUGACUGGAUCAGUGCAGUAAGACCAGUCAUAGAAAAAAGGAUACAAAAGUACAGUGAAGGCGAAAUUCGAUUUAACUUGAUGGCCAUUGUGUCUGACAGAAAAAUGAUAUAUGAACAGAAGAUAGCAGAGUUACAGAGACAACUUGCAGAGGAACCCAUGGAUACAGAUCAGGGCAGUAAUAUGUUGAGCGCCAUCCAAUCAGAAGUUGCCAAAAACCAGAUGCUAAUAGAAGAAGAAGUACAGAAAUUAAAAAGAUACAAGAUUGAGAACAUCAGAAGGAAGCAUAAUUAUCUCCCGUUUAUCAUGGAGCUGUUGAAGACGUUGGCGGAGCAUCAGCAGUUAAUCCCGCUGGUGGAGAAGGCAAAAGAAAAGCAGAAUGCAAAGAAAGCUCAGGAAACGAAGUGAAGAUGGCCCUUUGACUGUGUCUACCUUUCUGCUUCUGUGCUGCUGUUCAUGGAGACCGUUAAGUGUAACAAACUUUGAGCAGCCUCCUGCUCAGCUCGGUGCACG